ACUAUGCAGACUAACCAGACAAUUGCGGAGGAGUUCAUCCUUAUUGGCUUUUCUCUUUACCCAGAUGUACAGAUACUACUAUUUUUUCUUUUCUUUUGUCUGUACCUUCUCACCCUCAUGGGUAACUUGACCAUCAUGGCUCUAACGUGGGUGGACAGAUCCCUGCACACUCCGAUGUAUAUCUUUCUCAGUGCACUCUCCUUUUCUGAGACUUGCUACACGUUGAGUAUCAUCCCCAAAAUGCUGACAGAUCUACUCGCCCAAACCAGGAGCAUCUCUGUCACAGGCUGUGGCUUACAAAUGUGUUUCUUUUUGGGACUUGGAGGCACUAACUGCAUCAUCCUUACGUUAAUGGGUUAUGAUCGCUUUCUUGCCAUCUGCAACCCUCUCAGAUAUCCAUUACUUAUGACCAACAUAAUGUGUGGACAGCUUGUGGCUUCUGCUUGGGCUGGAGGCUUCUUUAUCUCUGUGAUAGAGACAGCCCUGAUAUUCAGAGGCUUUUUCUGUAGUCCCAACCUUAUCAAACAUUUCUUCUGCCAUAUGAGGGCAGUUGUGAGACUCUCCUGCUUAGACAGUAACCUCACGGAAUUCAUUGUGACCUUGAUCUCUAUCUCAGGUUUGUUAGGCACCUUCCUACUCAUCAUCCUCACUUACAUCUUCAUUCUCACCACUGUUCUAAGGAUCCCUUCAGCGGAGGGCAAACAAAAGGCAUUUUCCACUUGUGCAUCCCACCUCACAGUGGUCAUAAUCCAUUUUGGUUUUGCAUCUAUAGUUUAUUUGAAACCAGAGUCUUCAGAGGGAGAUGACACCAUCAUAGCUGUCCCUUACACUGUUAUUACUCCUUUCCUCAGCCCACUCAUUUUCAGCCUCAGGAAUAAGGACAUGAAGUAUGCUUUUCAAAAGGUAUUGGGGAAGAUAUUAGCUUAG